CAAGUCCGCUGUCCCAGAAGUGGCGCUCCAGGCUGGGGGGGGAGUUCGUGAAAUAAUUGGGGGUGGUCGCUCGAUACACACCCUCUUGGGACAUUGUAUCGUAUGGAAGGCGAGACUAAACAAUUUUUUCCUGAGGGGGGCUAGCCGCUGGCCUAGACGGCCGCCCAUGAUGUUCUAGGGGUUGAUUGGACCUAUUAGUCUUUUCACUAAAGUCAGCAGCCGUGUCACGAAUUUGUUUAGCCUGCAUAGAAAUAAAAUAAAAAGUAUUAUUAAAAUGCCCAUAUUUUAGUAUGAGGUAAAUUCUAAGUAUUGGUUCUUUUUAAUGUAAUAUUCGGGACUUCACUUUAAAACAAAAACCAAGUUAUAGUGGCAUUAAAUUGUUCAAAGUCUGUAAACGGCAAAACGAGGAAUUGCGCGGAGUAAAUGAAAACUACAAGUCCCGAAACACAGGCAUGGCCAGCGGGCACCUUGGAGGGCGGGCUGGCCCGACGUGAUUUUCCGGGAUGGCAGCCAGAGGAGGUGAAAUUCUCGGGAAGGGAGCGUGAGAGUUCACCUGCUGCUUCAUCUGCGGAAGGCUGCAAAGUUACCAAAACAUAGCGAUCCUACGACUGACAUUCAAAUCUUGAGCGCCACCCUCUUGCCCCCCCCCAGAGAGCCUGGUGAAACAUGGCGACACUGGAUGUACACACCCUGGCCCACCACUUGAAGCAGGAGCGGCUGUACGUGGCGUCGGAGAAGCAGCUGAUCCAGCGGCUGAAUGCCGACGUGCUGAAGGGCGCAGAGAUGCUGUACUGCACCACUUGGGUCGCCGGGGAACAGAGGAACAACCUGGACCGGGUCAUCCGCACCAGCACGGAGGCCUCCCCCACCGAGUGCUGCCAGCGCGCGCGAUUAUUGGAGGACACGCGCUUCGUGGAUGGCUACACCGCCCUUGGCCACCAGGUGGUGGCCUGCGGGGAGCUCCUGGCUGGCCUGCGCUCGGACUCUGGGCUGGUGGCGUCCUGCCUGGAGGCCGGGCAGCGGCUGAGCCCCGAGCGCGCUCUCUCUGCCGCUCACACAGUCUUCGCCUCCCUCUACGGCUGCUGCGUCACACAGGAGGAUGAGGGCUAUCUGCUCAAGGUGCUGUGCCGACUGGCCGAGCUGGAGCUGCCAGCCAGUGAGCCCCUCCCCCGCCUUCCCGGCCACGGUGGUCUCUUCUCCAGCACGUUCACCCUGCUCUUCCAGCUGCUCUCCCGCGCCCUUCCUGCUGGCCAGCUCUUCCUGACGGCAGCCCUGCACGGGCCUAUCAUGCAGCUGCUGGUGGAGGACGAGGAGCCCCUGGAGACAGACCCAGCCAGGGUGGGGGAGCGGCCGGCACGGCGGGCCCAAGCCCAGCGGCCCGGCAACCCCGCGGAGCGAGCCCAGGCGGCCGCCAAGGCGAACGCGGCCAAGCUGGCGGCGCUGGCAGAGCGCUUCAUGGGCGGCCUGCGGUCCAGCACCUACUGCUUCCCGCCAGGCCUGUGCUGGGCCCUGGCUCAGGUGCGGCGCCUCCUGCUGGCGAGAAUGGGGCCUGCGGAGGCACGGGCCGUCUGUGCAAACCUACUGCUCACCUGCUUUGUGUGCCCCGCUGUCAUCAACCCUGAGCAGUACGGCAUCGUGUCCGACGCCCCCAUCAAUGAGGCGGCGAGGUUCAACCUCACGCAGUUGGGCCAGUUACUGCAGCAGCUGGCUGCAGAGGAACCCAGCAAAGCGGAGACCGGGAGGAAGAGUGUCCAGCCAAAGCUCGAUAAAAGCUGCAUUGCUGACUUCCUGGAUGCUGUGAUUGGGGAAAUGACAGAGCAGGCCCCGCCCACAGCCUCCAGGGACCCUCUAGAGGGCCUGACAAAGAUGGCAGUAUAUAUAACACAGAACCAGCUGCACGCACUGGUUGAACUGUUGCAUGACUUGAUACUGGGGGGGCACCUGCAGGUGGAGGAGCAGCAGAAACUUCAAGCUCUACUGGUGAACGUGCCCCUGCCCGAAUCCCCCACCCCCCGGGGGAGUAGGGACAGCAUGGAGCUUCUCCCCCCUGCUGCAGGCACAGCCAAUAAGAACACCCUGCCCUUAGGUUCUACCCUUAGCCGCAGCACGAUGGCCCUGGAUGUUGACCUGGAGUCUGGUUCUCAGGAAUCGUCGCAGGAGGCGGGACCAGAGGAAGUGCUGGUGAUCUCGCUGGGGAACACCCCCCGCACCCUUCCUGGAAUGAUGUCUGAGAAUGAUGUGCUGGCACUGGAGGGCGGGGACGGUGCGCUGACAGCGCAGGAUCCGGGCGGCGGCCCUCAUCGCGGCCCAGCUGCAUCGCGCAGGUUCUCCUGCUGCCACGACAAUGCAGAGGAGGCUGCGUCUGAGGCCCGGUCCAACUCGGACUCCUCUGUGGACUUGGACGUGGAAUCGGAGCCGGGAGCAGCCAGCUUGUCGGAGAGCUGUGAGGUGGAGGUUCUCCUGCUGAUGAAGCGUGAGCAAGCCCGGAACUGCCUUGAUGUCUGCGAUACAUGGAGCACGGAUGCACUGGCCAGCGACUUCGACCCUGGCUUGGAUGAGGACCGGCUCCUGGAGGUGACAGGGGCCUCAGCAGAGCCCCCCCAAGCCAGCCUGAUCUUGCUCUCCAGCUUCGGGUCCUGUUCGGGCUCUAUGCUCGCGGAGUCCUUUGCCGGCUCGACCGUGUCAGAGGCCACAAGUGACGCCUGGAGUGUGGAGGUCCUGCCUGGUGACCAAGAGGCCCUGGAUGUGAAACCGCAGGAGCGCAUGCAGGAGGUUGACAGUGACGUGUUGGACGAUGUCAUGCAGGUUACUUCCCACCCCAUCAGUCCUGGGAAAGGCAUGGGCUCAGACGUGAGCGCUGCGCCGGCAGAGGAUGCGCAAUCAGAAAGUGGCUCAGAUGGGAAGGACUCGGUGGCCGGCCCGGACGGGGCAGGAGCAGGCUGUGGAUCCCCCCAGCAUUCCCCCUCUGACCGGGAAGCCGUGCUGUUCACGGUCGAUCACCCAGGCUCUGAAGAAGGCCCCGCCCCCUGCACCGUGGUGAGGCCGAAAGGGCAGAAUGCACGAGCUGCCCACCCGCCCUCCUUUCCCGCUGCCUUUCCCCUCCCGGGUCUGAGGUCGGCGGAGCUCGAACACGUCAAGCAGCGGCUCUCGCUGCCCGAGCAGCUGGGGAGGGUCUGCAUCGACGACCCGAGUGGUCAUGGCCGGCGACCAGUCAGCGAUCCCGGCGUCCAGCGCCGCGUGGUGCUGGAGGACCGCCAGCACCCCCACACCAAAGGAGAGGCCGAGGAGAAGAAGGACAGUGACGACGAGCAGCCGGACCGGAACCGGCCCUGGUGGAAGAAGCGGCUAGCCUCCGCACUCCCUAAGGGUCCGAAGUCUGCGUUCCGCAAGAAGGACAGGUCUGAUAAACAGGCCACGGGGUCAUACCGGGUCCAGCCAGGAGAGUCGCCACCCGGCCUGGCUGAGGACAUCCUGGACAAAUACAGAAACAUCAAGCGGAACGGCAGUGCAGCACCUGUACUCGCGGGGGUAGAAGCUGAAGCUGAGCCCGCUGUGGAGACGGAGCACAGGGAGGACGUGCUGCGAGACGAAGCUUCGUCUAGUGUCGUCACGGACAACCGACCCGAGUCCUACCCUAAUGACGACUGUGCCCCCAGAUAUCAGUUCUCGUUGAGUGACGCCAAGAAGAAGCUGAGGCUAGCCCUGAGCUCAGCCAACGCCCUCAUCCUUCCCAUCAUUCCUCCUGCUUCCAUCCCCAACGGGCUGCCCGACCACGUUCAUCGAGAAGGGAACGAGGUGGUCUGCUUCCUGAAGGUCCAGCUGGCCGAAGCCAUCAAUCUGCAAGACAAGAAGCAGAUGGCCCAGAUCCAGGAGACGCUGCGCUGCGUCAGUCACGUCAGCACUGGCCAAUGCGAGGAGCUGCUGGCCGCUGUAGCCAGUGACUACAGGAAGAGGGCGCCCUAUGUGGCCUACCUGACGCGCUGCCGGCAGGGGCUGCAGGUGACUCAGGCCCACCUGGAGCGGCGGCUGCGGCGGGUGCUGCGGGACAAGGAGGUGACGAGCCGCUGCUUCACGGCCGCCUGCGUGCGACUGCUGCUGAAGCGCAUGGAGGACAAGAUGAUGAACUUCACCGUAGCGUUUCAGGGCUUCACGGCGGCGGACGACAAGACGGCGGCUGUGGAGGAUUUCCUGCAGCACCUGUAUGGUUUGAUGGCCCAGGAUGCCAUCUGGCAGUUUGCCAGCGAGGAGCAGCUGCAGGACGCCCAGGUGGUCAUCGAGCGCAGCGUCAUGAACCACAUCUUUAAGAUGGCCUUCUACCCCAACCUGGACGGGGACACCCUGCGGGACCAGGUCCUGCACGAACACAUUGAGCGGCUAAGCAAAGUGGUGACAGCCAAUCACAAAGCUCUUCAAAUCCCACAGGUGUACCUGAAGGAGGCUCCUUGGCCGGCAGCACAAGCGGAGAUUGGUGCCAUGAGCGCCUACAGAACGCCGCGGGACAAGGUGCAGUGCGUGCUGCGAAUGUGCACCAGCAUCAUGAACCUGCUGAGCCUGGCCAAUGAGGACGCUGUACCUGGUGCCGACGACUUCCUGCCCGUGCUCGUCUUCGUCCUCAUCAAGGCCAACCCCCUCUGCCUGCUCUCCACCAUCCAGUACAUCAGUAACUUCUACUCCAGCGGUCUGAGCGGCGAGGAGAGCUACUGGUGGAUGCAGUUCACGGCCGCCGUUGAGUUCAUCAAGACCAUCGAUGACCGCAAGUGAGGCCUUUCCUGGCCUUGGCCACGCCCACAGCUUACACUCCAUCCAAUGAGCGCCAGCGGCUGGACAGGAUGCUCAGUCGAAUUGCAGAGCGAUUCAACCCUCUCUUCUGCUUGGGUUGCGAUUUAACCCCUGGCCUGAAAUCUGGCCAAAAAUGUAAGAUUGAGAAAUCGUAACCACUUUGAGGUUAGGACACUUACUAGGAAUCUGUAAUCAGCAGAGAUUUAAACAGCACUUAAAAGCAUCUUUAAAUUAAUAUAUUAAGUAAAUUAAUGAUUUUUUUUGCUAUGAUGAACAUGGGGUAUAUAUUUCUAAAAACAAAAUUUGCAAUUUACAUUAACUCUCAUCACUAAGGGAGCUGGUUUUGUGCAUUUCCAGUCUUGAGAGUUUGUGUUCAGGUGCUGCUCCUCCUCGCUGGCAGCAGACAGAUGUGUGUGAGACUGCGGUGUAAGAUGCACGUAACUCAGGGACCCAGGACUGUGGAAAAGGCGUGGAACCGCGAACCGCAUUGCACAAUCCGCCGUCGCAGAGGCUGCAUUACUGCGCGCCGAGUCUUACCUUUCAUGGGUUCAGAUAUCGAAUGGGACAGGGCUUUAACAGGAUCUAUACUUUUAUGGGUGGUUAACAAUCUCCUAACCACCUAAAGAAAAACCAAAAUUGUCAGCUACAAAAUCCUGGGGAAAUCUUAUUUAUUAAUGUAAUUUGGUUUACUGUGGUUACUCUAACCUGUUCCUUCCAAAGCUACCUCAGAAAACAAAAGCUUAAAGGUGAGGCCUUAAAUUAGUUUCUUUCUGCAUCGCGCAGAGCUGCCUGUAUGCUUACAGUCUUUCCAGGUGAUCCGGCCCGAUUUUGCCAGCUUGUCCUUCCAGGAGACCUCAUGGAAUAUGCAUGCCCUCCCCUACCUGGGACUGUUCUGACAGGAAUACAAAAAAAUUAUGCAGGUUUAAAAAAAACAAAAUACACAUUUUGACAGCCAUGUGCCCCUUAAAGUACAUUUUUUAGUGCUGGGCUUCGUCAGCUGGGUCAUGUCUCCAUAACAGUGAAGUUCUGUUCCUUGACAAGGUUUAGUUUAAGGAAUUACACCAAAGGAUUUCUUUCUGCUUUUUUUUGCCCAGGUGUUAACAUGUGAAUGCAGCCUGUACAGUCAUCCCUUGUGGCUAAAAACUGCUUACCUUUGACUUCUUGAUGAGGCAGUGAACUUGAAUAUCUUACACAGCAAAUGCAAAUUGGGGUCAGAUUUCUACAGUGCGCAAUACAUGGGAUUUUUUUUUCUUCCUCCUGAUGUCAUGAGUUCAUCUGUCACUGACGGACCUCCAUUUGUCCUUAUUCUUUUAUUGAAUCUCCAUGUUUCUCAAUUUCAAAUGUUGGAGGGGAGGUGGGCUUUUACGAAGCUGAAAGGGCUUUAACUGUCUUGCACAUAUGAAGGGGAAAAAAUACUUUGCCUUUCUUUUGUAUGUUAAAGAUUUGUUUGUUAUUCUUCAUGAAGUUAAUAAAAAAAAUCGUUUUUUUGA